CUUUCCGAUUCGACGUGGCAGGAAUUUGACUGCGGUCAGAACGCGGUAGUAAUACCCGUCAUUAUUUCAGCGUCCACCACUCAGCUGAAUGAAACCAGCUGCAGUCACUGUAGAGUUUGGCGGAGAUUCAUCACCUACAAGAACUUCGUCAGACUUCGACUUUGAGGAAAUUCAUCACCCGACGUCUCAGAUUCCCUCUCACAAUCACCACCACCACCAUCACAGUCAAGAUACCGAACUACCAACUUAUUAUAUGGAGGAAACCGCCAGAAGGAGGAUGAAAGCCGCUAACUCCUCUGGGGCUGGACUGGAUGAGAAGACAGACUACAUCCCCGGUCAACAAGAGCAGCCAUACGACGACGGUGGCAAGGAUGUUUACAGCAAACUUCCACCGGGCGUCAUGAUGAACAGAAACCGUAUGGGGAGUGGGAGGGUAAGGCAGAUGCAGCAGCCUCCCGCCAUGUCGCUGCGCGAAUUCUUUCUCCAAAACAUGGAACAUAUCCCUCCUAUAAUCUACACUCUCCUUUCUUGUUACACUCGUUUUCAUAACAUAGGUGCUUCAAAUUAUGUCGUCUGGGAUGAAGCCCAUUUCGGAAAAUUUGGCUCGCACUACCUAAAACGCGAGUUUUAUUUCGAUGUCCAUCCGCCUUUAGGGAAGAUGCUCGUUGGUCUAGCUGGUCUACUAUCGGGCUAUGAUGGAUCCUUCGAUUUUAAAAGUGGGGCAGAGUACCCCGAACAUGUACCCUACGUUGCCAUGAGGGUCAUGCUCGCAACGUUUGGAGUCGGGAUGGUCCCUCUGGCGUGGUAUACGUCGGUCGAACUGGGAUUAAGCCUGUGGGCGUGCCAUCUAGUCACCUUUAUGGUGUUGUUUGAUAUUGGUUGGCUUGUUAUCUCUCGCUUUAUUCUUCUCGACUCUAUGCUCCUCUUCUUCACAUUUCUUACCGUCUUCUGCCUUACGAAAUUCCAUAAUCAACAACCUUACCCGUUCAGCUUUGAUUGGUAUAUGUGGCUCUCCUUCACCGGCAUUUCCAUCGGUCUCGUCACUUCAGUCAAAAUGGUCGGUCUAUUCGUCACUGCUCUCGUAGGACUAUACACUAUUGAAGACCUCUGGGACAAAUUUGGAGAUUUGAGGAUGCCCGUUCGAGAUCAAGUGCGGCAUUGGACGGCGAGGAUAGUGUGCUUAAUAUUAUUGCCCAUCGUAGUGUUCAUGGCCUCAUUCAAGAUUCAUUUCAUGGUUUUGAACCAUUCGGGUCCUGGAGAUGCACAAAUGAGCUCCUUAUUUCAAGCAAAUCUGGUGGGGAAUGACUUUAGCAAGAAUCCUCUCGAGGUCGCAAUCGGUUCGAAGGUUACUUUGAAAAAUAUGGGCUGGGGUGGCGGUCUCCUUCACUCUCACGUUCAGACGUACCCGACUGGUUCCACCCAACAACAAGUCACUUGUUAUCACUACAAGGAUGAAAACAACGACUGGGUCAUUUUGCCGACAUGGGAAGAGCCUGAAUACAACGAUGCGAGCUCUUCACUUCGAUUCAUCAUGCACGAAGACGUUGUUCGUUUGAGUCACGCAUCUACGACCAGGAACCUCCACUCACACCCGAUUCCCGCACCAGUAACGAAACAGUUUUGGGAAGUUUCCGGGUAUGGGAACGCAACGAUUGGGGAUAUUCAGGAUCAUUGGGUUGUGGAAAUAGUCGAUGAUAUUGUAAGAGGAGAUGUAGCGAAGAAGGCAAAGAAGGGACCGGCUGGAGAAGUGCCCAAGGAAGCCCGAAUCCAUUCCCUGACGACAAGGCUAAGAUUUAGGCAUCAGCAGAUGGGUUGCUAUUUGCGUGCGGCCAAUGCGAUUCUGCCGCAAUGGGGUUUCAAGCAGGUCGAGGUGACCUGUACACCGCAGGACCAGACGGAUAAGAAGGAUAUCCAUACUUAUUGGAAUGUUGAGAGUCAUUGGAACGACAGAUUGCCUGCUGGUGAAAUGAAAUAUCGACGGUCCCCCUUCCUCCGUGACUUCUGGCACCUCAAUGUGGCGAUGAUGACCUCCAACAAUGCAUUGAUCCCAGACCCUGACAAAGAAGAUAUUCUCGCCUCGAAGCCUUUCGAUUGGCCUUUCAUGCACCUCGGUCUCCGUAUGUGUGGAUGGGGAGAUGAUCAAUACAAGUUUUACCUCUUGGGUAAUCCUGUCGUAUGGUGGGGUGGAACAGUUAGCCUGAUUAUGUUUGUGGUCGUGGCUGGCGUAUAUGUGUUGAGGAGACAGAGGAAGUAUGUUGACUUUGGCGACAAGACUGCUGGGCCACGAGGUGGUGAACGAGGAGAGAGAGAAUGGAACCAGUGGUGGUAUGUUGCCAAAAUUUCUGGAAUCGGCUGGGCAAUGCAUUAUAUUCCCUUCUUGAUCAUGGGACGAGUAACUUACAUCCACCAUUACCUUCCCACUCUUUACUUCUCUGUGCUUAUGUUUGCACAUCUCCUUGAUCACUUCUUCUUCCAUCCCUCCUCUUCCUUUGUUCGAAGAUUUGGCAUACAAGGCAAAAUAGUCGUGUUCAGCAUUGUUGCUGGCGUGAUCGUCGGUGUAUUCUUGUGGUUUAAGGGACUUGCUUUCGGUAUCAAAGGGCCAAUCGGUGAUUAUUGGGGGUUGGGCUGGAGGAAGAGCUGGAAUAUCUACAACUAGGACUGGAGGAAGCAAGCUCUUCACGGGAAAGCGCUACAUGUCAUCGUUCUGGAUCUGGUUGCGAACCUUGUCUACAAAGACAGAUGAUCUCUUCCGUGUAGCUUUACGAUACAUUCUCUAUCUUAUUUAUUCGAUUUUUUCCCCCUUCGACAUCCAAUGUUUGGAAGUUCGACGACGGCGGUAUUUUCUGCGUUAUUUUUUCAGUGUUAACGUGGUUGGUGUAGCGACGUCAGUUUCCAAAUGGGAAAAGUCAAUCAGCCUCUUA